UUCCUCUAGACGGCGGGAGAAGCGCCUUUCCCCCCCACCCCCCGCCAUGGCGUUUCUGCCCUUCUUGUUGCUGGUUCCGGCCCUCCUCAGUUUCCUUUUCACCUUUGGGACCGGUGUGGAGCUGAUCCGCUUCCUUUCUCUCCGUGCGCUGUUCGUGCAGCAGCAGCAGCCUGCGGGGGCUGGCGCUCCCCAACACAGAGCCGAUGCUGCUCCCGGUUAUGAAUGGAGAGUUAUCUUCAGGGACCCUAAAAUUCUACACCCUCUAAUGAUGGAUGUGGGUCUGAUAGUUCUCUUCAUCCUGCAACACAGUCUUAUGGCCACCGAGCGGGUCAAGCGCUGGACCAGCAGCUGUCUGGGGGUCCUGCAGAGAUCUUUUUAUGUCUUCUGCACAGCCCUGGCCCUCCAGUUCCUGAUGAGGUACUGGCAGCCAGUACGAGAUGGUCCCACUCUCUGGAAUGCCCACACAGCCCCUUGGGACACCUGGGUUCCGCUCAUCUGCUUCAUCCUCCAUUUCAUCGCCUGGCUGGUCAUCUUUAGCAUUGUUCUCAUCUUCGACUAUGCUGAGCUGAUGGGGAUCAAACAGGUUUAUUACCACUGCCUGGGCAUGGGGGACCCAUUGGCAGUGAAGUCCUCCCGUGCUGUCCGCCUCUACUGCCACCUUCGCCAUCCUGUGUACCUGGAGUUCCUCCUACUCCUCUGGGGUGUUCCCUGCCUCUCUCUUGACCGCCUGCUCCUUGCCUUGCUCUUCACGGCCUACCUUACCUGUGCCCACAGCCUUGACCAACAAGACUACCUCUACCUGCGUGCGCAGCUUGACAAGAAGUUUCAGGUCUUCUCCCGAGAGGAGGCAGCCUAUGGCGACUUGCUGGCUCAAAAUGGCCCCUCAGCCUACAAGGACAACUGAAGAAAGGUCCCAAUGUGGUGGCUGUUAUAGCUUGCCAGCCUAUGAGAGACUGGUACCCUGCUCUCCCCCCAUGCUAAUGCACUGAAUGAUGUAAUGUAUUCAGUCUUCCUUUGUUCUUUAUGCACUGAAGCUUGAGCGGCCUACAAAAAGAACUUGGGAGUUCUGACUUCCAGCAUCCUUCCUUGCUUUGACCCACUGCAUGUACACAGAGUUGUAAUUCACAACACAGAAUCUACUAGGUCAGAGUCCUUUAGGGAGGAGUUUGGAACUCAGAAUGUCUGUUUUUGUCUCCCAAAGUUGGGAAAAAGGAACGGUAUGUAAAGGGUUAAAAUUAUGUAUUCGCGCUGCAGAGUUUUAUCACAGCUGAUGGUGUCUGCCAAUAUCUUUUUUUUCUGGAAGGUUCCUGUGCCUUUGACAGCUGUGUGCCAGUUUGGAAUUGUACAGGCAGCAUACUCCUUAUCCUUGAGAAAGCUGUAUCUGUUGGAUUUUUGCCUGUUGCAGAAGUCUGUUAAGGCACAGGAGUUUUGCCGAUACAAAAGCUGGCAACCUGGGGUUUUUGAAUUCUAUGUUAUUGUGCUUUGGCCCAUAAGAAUGUGGCUAAGUCCCUUAUUUUUUAUUUUGUAGAGGAGAUUGUGCCAAGAGGAUUUUUAAAGCAUAAUGUUUUAACUUCGGUGCCAAGCUAGAAUUGUUCUUAAUUGAUAGGAGCCUGGAGAACUUAUGAAAUGGCCUUUGAGGUAUUUUUAGAUAUUCAUAGUCUUCUAGGGAUGAAGGCUCCAAGACCUUGAUGGAUCUCCUGUCUCCCUGCUUCUUUUUCCUUUUGAGUCACUUCAUUCUUAGCUGUACCAUUGGGUACCCUUGACUCGCACCCUUGACUCAGAAGCUGAUGCUUAGUUGUGUCACAGGGGAAAAUGGCUUUAAAAGGGCAAAUGUCCCAAUUCUGCCCAGACUGGGGAUGAGCUAUCCUUUAAGCCGUACUCAUUGGAAUUAUUUUUUUAUAUAUAUAAAAAGCUCUUCUUCAAAAUAAUUGGAAGCUUGCACUGAUUUCCAUAGGCUUUGAUCAAUUUUAAAUAGACUUUUUUGUUGUUCCUUUGUAUACAUAGAUUUUUAUAAUUGGAAGUCAGGAUUUCUAGGUUUGACUUUUAGAUCAGGGGGUGGAAAGCUUAUCACUGACGGUUUUCGCAACACAGCUUACCACGGAGUCGCAUCCCUGUUCUCUCCGCAGUGUCCGUCAGAUUUCCCAUUAUUUGCGCCAAAGUUACAGGAAGUGCCGAGGCUUUUGUGUGGCAAACGUAAACCUCUUAAAACCCAGUUUACGUUUGCUGCGCAAAAGCCGCAGCACUUCCUGUAACUCCGGCGCAAUGGGAAAUCCGACAGAUGCUGCGGAGAGAACAGGAAUGUGACCGCAUGGUAAUCUGUGUGUGAAAACGGUCAUUGUCUAUCUUGCAAACAGAGCUCCAGAAUGGGAGAACGCUUUCCAGUUCUAGAGCACCCACUUCUUGUGGGUCUUAUCUCCCUGAUGGAAGUCUGGCGUUUCUAGUUUUUUAACCUCAUGCUUGGGUAGGGUUGUCAGGUCCAGAUCCUAAGACGUGCCCUAUAUCUCCAAAGAGAGAAUCCAGCUCAAUUCAGCAUCACUGUAAGCAUUUCAGGUGGAAGCAUCUGCAACUGGUUUCAUCCUCUCCUUUGUACCACAGGAGUGCUUGUAAGGUCUGAACUGAACAACUCCUAAUACGGAUGGAACCUGAGAAUUAUGAUUCCUGGGGCUGCCGCUGAAUGAGAAGCCUAGCCUUACUUUUUUAAUGCAAUGUGUUGAAAACCUAGCCACUUGCUUUGUCUGCUAGCCUGUCUUUUUCCUUGUUGCAAUUUUUAUGUAUGCUGAUGGAAUAUUUUUUUUAAAUCUUGGAUUUCUCUGUAAUGCAAAAAAAACCGAUUUUUAAAAUAGUCUACAACAAA